UUCGAGCUUCAGUUUUUAUCACUAGACUCGGGGAGGGUUUUAGGUUUUCAUCGAAUCACCGCGAGAAUCUCCAAUCGAAUCGAACAGUGAGAGAGGCGAUAUCGGAUUCAAGAGAUGGGUGCUCAGAAGAAAGGCGGCGCUAGAGUUUCCGACGACUCCGAGGAGCAGAGCCGUCAACGUCUCCAAGCCAUCCUCCUCGCCGACAGCUUCACCACCAAGUUCCGUCCCGUAACCCUAGAACGCCCCAAGGUACUCUUACCCCUCGUAAACGUCCCGAUGAUCGAUUACACCUUGGCCUGGCUCGAAUCCGCCGGAAUCGAGGAGGUUUUCGUCUUCUGCUGCGCUCACUCGACGCAAAUCAUCGAUUACCUCGAAACCUCCGAGUGGCGCACGCACCCGAACUUGGUAGUGAGGACGAUCGAAUCUCACAAAUCGAUCAGCGCCGGAGACGCCUUGCGUUACAUCUACGAGCAGCAGACGGAGACGUCUCAGAUCCAAGGCGACUUCGUCCUCGUCAGCGGAGACACCGUGAGCAACAUGCCGCUCGCGGAUUUGAUUCAAGAACAUAGGGAGAGGAAGAAGAGAGACGAGAAAGCCAUCAUGACGAUGGUUAUCAAGAAGUCGAAACCUUCCUUGAUCACGCAUCAGUCGAGGCUAGGGACUGAUCAGCUCUUCAUCGCCGUUGAUCCGUUAACGAAGCAGCUUCUUCAUUACGAGGAGGAUAAGGUUGAUCACGCGAGAGGGAGUGUUUGCUUGGAUAAGUCGUUGAUGGAGAGCAAUCCAUCUGUUUUGCUGUAUAACGAUAUGCAGGAUUGUUACAUUGAUAUAUGUUCUCCUGAGGUGCUUAGUCUCUUUGAGGAUAACUUUGAUUAUCAGCAUUUGCGGCGUCAUUUUGUGAAAGGUGUGCUUGUUGAUGAUAUCAUGGGGUAUAAGAUCUUCACUCAUGAGAUUGGCUCGAGUUAUGCUGCUAGGGUUGAUAAUUUUCGAAGCUAUGAUACUGUUAGUAAGGAUAUAAUCCAGAGGUGGACGUACCCCUAUGUGCCGGAUAUCAAUUUCGGUGGGAACCGUCCUGUAAAGCUUGGGAGACAAGGGAUAUACAGGGCUUGUGAUGUGGUUCAGUCGCGUUCUGCUGAUGUUGGGGCUUCCACUGUGGUUGGAUACGGGACAAAGAUUGGGAAUGGGGAUAGGAUCUUGAACUCGGUUAUUGGGAAUGGAUGUUCUAUUGGGUCGAACGUGGUGAUUGAAGGGUCUUACAUUUGGAACAAUGUUACGAUUGAAGAUGGGUGUGAGAUAAGGAACGCUAUUGUCUGUGAUGGUGUGAGAAUCAGAGCAGGGGCGGUUUUGGAGCCUGGUGUUGUUCUGUCUUUCAAGGUUGUGGUUGGGAGGGACUUUGUUGUACCUGCGUAUUCAAAGGUUUCGUUGCUUCAACAGCCGAUGAAGGAAGACAGUGAUGAGGAGCUGGAAUAUGCUGACAGUGGCAGCGGGACUGCAGAUCGUUUGUCAGGUUUAAGUUUGGAAAUGGAGUCCAAGGGGUCUGAGCUUGGUCCUGAUGGAGCAGGUUACAUAUGGGAAGUGUGUGAAGGGGCUCACGAUGAGGAGUGGAAGCAUUCUGUUGCUCCAAUCCCUGAGGAUAAACUCGCUGAGAUCACUCAGGCCAUGGAUGAUUAUGAUGACAUGGAGGACGAAAGUGUUGUCCCGACUUCUGGAGAGUUGAAAUCUGAUGCUGAUAGUAUCAACACUGAUGUGAAUGAUCCGGGUGAUGACUAUGGUUACUUUGAGAAAGAAGUUGAAGGUACCUUCUUAAGGGCCGUUGAGGAGGGUAUCAAAGUGGAACUUGGAGUUUUGGAGAUUAACUCACUCAGGUUGUCAUACAACAUGGAAUCAGCGGAUUGUGCUGGAGCAAUAUUCUACUCUAUGAUGAAACUGGCUGUUGAUACUCCACAUAGCUCUGCUAGUGAGCUAUACAAAACCGCCUCGAGUAUCAUUGCGAAGUGGAAGGGACUUCUUGGGUUCUAUGUAAAGCAAACCGAUGAACAAAUAGAAGUGAUGAUGAAGUUUGAAGAGAUGUGUCAGGAAACUGCCAAGGAGUUGGGCCCUUUGUUUGCUCAGAUUCUGCAUGUUCUGUAUGAGAAAGAUGUGGUGCAGGAAGAUGCGAUAAUGAGAUGGGCUGAAGAGAAAGCGGGCGCUGACGAAGCUGACAAAGUUUACCUGCAGCAGUGUGAGACGUUCAUACAGUGGCUCAAGGAAGCAUCUGAGGAGGAAGAUGAAGACGAUGAUGAAGAAGAAGACUGAACCGAUAAUUGAUUAUUCCGUUUGAAAGCCUCAUAUUUUGAUUGAUCACUUACGUUUUGAGUUUUGAGAGAUGCUCUGCUUUAAUCAACAACCUUAUUUUAUAUAUUUCUUCUGUUUAGUGAGAUACUGUCUCAGCCAUCGAGUUUACAGAUCUGCUUGACAUGUAUUUUGACUAGAUCUCAUGUUUAGCUAUCUUUUCUCGACUAAAACAAUCAAUGCUUAUU